GUUUACUGUUCUGCAGCUCCAGGGAAGGACAGGAGAGGGACGGGAGAAGAAAGGAAUCUACAGAAAACAGAGGAAAAUAAGAAAGGAAAAAUACAAUAAAGUCAUACUUUUUUGGUGAAAAACACACACAUAUAGAUAUAUAUAUAAUUUACAUAUGCCUGUAUAUAUAUAUCAUUAUAUGCCUGUUUUUGGAAAGGGAUUUUGUUGCUGCACUUGGAAAGGGAUUUUGUUGCUCUCAGAUACAAAAUUGUGAGACUGCUUAGUUUGUUACAUCCUGCCAAGUUAUUGCAUUUGACUGCUUUUUAACUGCAAUGGCAAAUGCAAUUGCCUGGUACAAACGGACUGCAUAAAAAAUAUACAACGAUUACAAUUAUCUUUGUCUCUUCUCAAUUUUUGGAGCCAUUUUUUUAGGAUUACAGAUUUCCUUUCUUUCCCCUUUAUUUGUUUUUGUUUUUUUUUUGAGGGAGGAGGAGGCAGGGACGAGCGACCCGCGUGCUUUGUGCUGGCCGGGAGCGCGUAAAUAAAACGUGAGGGACAGGAGCGGCUGAAGUUAGUCAAUGGACGUAAUCUUACAGAUGCAGAAAGUCCCGCCGACUUCCCAGCAAAUGUGUUUAUCUGUGUUCAAGGACAGACUCACGGCAGGGGGGGGGAAGAUGAAGGAAAACAGAGAGAAGAAAUAGAGAGAGGAAGACAAAAAAAAAGAAGAGAGAAGGGCGAUAGAGGAGCAUCAAAGUACUAUUAGAAAAACAAACAAGCAAACAAACAAGAAGCAGCACCUGGAAGAGCAGCAGCGAUGAGAAACGAGCGCCCAGGCGCUAGCCCACGGCCGGCGUGGACGCACAUACGCACACGGACACGCGGAGCUGCUCGGGUUCCGCUCGCGCUUCUGUGAGAGGAGACCGGGAGGGCAGGGGGUAGCUGGCAAAACCGCAGAGAUUUCGCUGGGCAAACUUCCGUCUAAGGGAACACUUGUGGUCUGGUUGCCCGCGGACACCCUGAGUGUGGACGCCCCGGACUCGGACUGGAACCCAAGGAGACGGUCAGAGGGAGCUGCGUCUGGACACCGACCAGGGUUAGAAGGGGGGGUUCAACUGAACGUGGGAUUUUCAGUUCGCCACGUGAAUUUCAGCCUCGUUCCCUAAACGAAAUGCCAUCCACCCCGUGGAAAAUAUGAAUCAUUCCUUUAUCAGCUGGCCCCGGGUUUCAGGGGUGAACGAAGGACAGAAGACCCCUGGGAUGGAAAACGAACCUGCGAUGGCGGUAUAAGGAGGGAUUUGAACUGAUGAGUGAGAUUGCACAAUCUGACCAGGAGGGUUUAGGGUUUAUCUAAACCCAAUCUAGGGAUUUCAGGAGAAAAAACAAACAAACAAAAAACAAGCAUAAAUUUAAAAAAGAAAGACAACAGCUACCUUUUCAGGUGAAAUAUAAGUGGAUUAAACAUAAUAUUCCCAAUCUGGUGAUUUCCAUCAUUGUUUCUUGCAGCAACAAAAAAACAAAAAACUGAUGAUAUGAAUUCUCUUUGCUAUGUGAUCUAAAACAAAGCUCUGUUUUGUUUGUAGUUGCUGACAGGACCUCAAAUUGCCGGUUGAAAACUUCAUUAUUUUGGGAUUAUAAAAAAAAUUCUGGAGUAAUACUUAUUUCCAGAUGACAUUCACUAAACUGGUUACUCUACAUCUUGCUGGAUUUUUCAUUUUUUGCUUUUAUUUUGGAAAAACCAAUGCAAACAAUUUCAUAAAAACCCCCAGGAACGAUAUGACCCCCUCCAAUCUUGCAUUGUGAACUUGUUGAAAUUCAAAGCUCGAUUGGACUGAUCAGGUCUAAUUUUGCCCGUCUGUCGGUCUCUAAGUCUGAUAAUUACCUUAUGAGUAUUUAGCUGCAGGCAUAACAGUAUUUUAUUGGCUAUUAAAAUUUAAUUGAAUGUUCUUAAUUGCCUCAGUCGAUACUGCUUCUUCCCUGGAGCUCUGUUGAAUGGUCAUUUGUUUUCAUGGAGAGACACUUUUAAAUCAUUGUCACAUUUUUUCCCCAUUUUUCAAUUUUGCCCUUUAAGAGGCUUUGCACGUUUUUAUUUUAUUUUUUUGCUGAAGCUUCACUAGGGAGACCUGCCACUUGCCCUGUCUUUGUUGUGCAGGAACUUUGUUGACACUCCCUAGAGGACAGUGCAAUAUGGCCACCCUUCCCGUUCCACUUUGCCUGGUCUUGGCCCUGCUCCUGGGUCCCGCCACGCUGGCCCAGAAUGGCAAGCAGGCCGAGUUGGACGACCAGUCGACCAAUCAGACCGUGGCGCCCACCAGUGCCACCGAGGUCACCUUGACGACACCCGCGGGUGAGGUUGAGGAUCAGACCAUCUCAUCCAUGGGCAGCCGUUGCUGGGGUUACUAUGAUGUCAUGGGGCAGUGGGACCCCCCCUUCAACUGCAACGCUGGCAUUUACCUGUUCUGCUGCGGCUCCUGCUUCUACCGCUUCUGCUGCCAGUUCAAGCAGCACCGCCUGGACCAGACGUCCUGCUCCAACUACGACACGCCCGUGUGGGCCAACACCGGCAAGCCCGCCUCGCCCAUCACCGAGGUCCACGAGGAGCCCGACCGGGAUCGGACCCACAUGAUCGUCUACAUCAUCUGCGGGGUGGUGGCCAUCAUGGUCCUGGUGGGCAUCUUCACCAAGCUGGGCCUGGAGAAGAGUCGAGGGGGUCAGACGGACAUGACCAACUCCAGAAUGUUGACAGAGCUGAUGAAACAGCCAGGGGCGGAGUCAGGCAUGGAUGGGACAGGGGGCCACGCCCCCAUCGGGAGCAAUGGAAUUCAUGGCAGAGGGCUACGCAACACCAAUGAUCACAACCACCUGAACAACGCCUCUCACCCCCCGCUUGGCCCAGCGAUGGCGCUCUCUCACCCCCACAACAACCUCAACAUGCCUGGGCUGGGCUUCAACAAGUACACCUCCCUCAAGGCUGUGGACACAAGCUCCAGAGACUACUACAAGAAUUACCCUAUGAUUGACUAUUCCCAUCAUCAGGCUCCACCUCCUACCUUCCAGCCAAUAGCCUUCCACCCCAAGGACAAGCCCUUCCACCCGCCGCCCGAUAUCCACGCCCCCCUGGCGAUCACCAUACCCCCCAGCCAGCUGGCCAAGCCCAAGAUCUCCAAGACCAACACGCACCCGCUCACCUCCAGCUCGGCCUUCAAAGCCUGGGAUCCCACCAAAAGCCAUGCCCAGCAAACACCCUCAAACUUGGGGCAGCCCUCCAGCCGCCACCAGGCCUUCUCCAACAGGAGGCAGUACAGCGUGGAGACGCUCCCGGAGCUGUUCUCUCAGCCCCUGGGGUACGGGCACACGUCGCACCCUUCACAGCACCAGAAAAACAAGGGGCUUCCCACCAACAGCAAGACAGAGGUGACGGUGUGAGAACAGGCGUUCCGGGAGAGAGAAAGAGAGGGAAAGCGACUUCCGGCGUUUCGACGGGAGAUGUGGAGGAGUGAGCGAGUAGCAGUCAUAUGUGACCUCCCCCCCCAGAUUUUAUUACCUGUAAUUAUUAAUGAACAGCGCUCCCCCCCCCACCCCCCCGCCCGCCCCCUUUCAGCCUAACAAGCCAUUAGCCUCGGCCCACACUACCACCCCACUCCAUGCGCUAAAUCACCCUCUCUCCGUCUUUCCCUGGUCCAUGUUCAGUCUGGAUUCUCUAACCUCCCCAACCUCCCUGUGAGCCAGUCUCCCCCAUGCUGUCAGUGUUUUGUGUUUCUGAGCCUGCCUGUUCAGAGCUGAAGACAACCACCACCACCACCACCCACCCCCCGCCCCCCCAGGACACCUCAACUCCACACCGGCAGGGACGAUGCCAUGAUCCUGCCCUCUCUGAUGAGCUUCCAAUACGACACACCUGAAGGAUUGCCCCUGCAAAUCAUAUAGAAGAACGAAACAAAUGUCUGGGUCGGGGGAAGGGGUGGGGGUGCAGGCAGAAAGGUGGGAAAGAUAUUCCCGAAUCCACACCAGAGCUGCAUGAGAGUGCGUGGGACCCGGGGCGACCAGGCGAGCGGGACUCCGGGGGAAGAGAGAUAUACGCUGCCUUUUCAGCCCUGUCAGCCCGCAGAGCUACCAUAAGAUUUUUCCAUUUUUUCCCCCUCAACUGGUCUGUGACGCGUGAAGAGUAAAGGACGUUCUGUACAGGUAUGAACAAGGUCACAGAACACAGCUUUAAAUCAAGCCACCGGUGUCAGUGAGGGGUAAAACAAUUUGGGGCGCGGCCCACGGGCCAGUGAAGAAGAGGGCGACGGAGAAGAUGAAUCACCGUGCUCGUGUGGAGAUCACUUCUGGCCUAGACUCGGGGUCACACUUAAUCGAAGAUGUCGUUGUUGGGGAUUUGCGAUCAGGGAAUAGGUUAGAUUAGGGAAUAGGUAAGAUUAUUCCUGAGCUCAGUCUUGGACUAAAGGCAUUGGGGCCUACCGUUGACAGCAGCUGAGUUGCAGGAAUCUGAACUGAAAUAUACAGUUUUAUGGGAUUAACAAAUGAGAAGAAAAAAAAAACACUUUAAAGCUUGCAGAAUUUUAAGUAUGGUGCAUGAACUUUGCAUACAUGAUUAUGACUAUGAUAUUGACAUUGACCUUUUGACAUUUUGAUGUUACAUGUUUAGCAUAAAUGUAUUGUUCUCCUGUAUAUAAAGGCUAGGGGCCAUGCUGAGGCUCAGACGCUAAGGCUCAGGAGGUGGAAGCACUCUGUAAAAACAGAAGGAUGACAUUCCGGAGGCAGGGAGGAGUGCGAUGGUCAGCCCAAACUGAGGGACACCCCUGAGCCGUUUCAGCACCCAGCACCAUUUCACUUGCAUGGAACCUUUCGGAACAGUCUCCGCGGUUACACCGGUUGCAUGUGCCGUUACCAUGGUUCGCCGUGGUUUGGGGGUCAAUGGUUGGUCGUAGUCCGUCCAUGCCAGCACUCGACCUCGGUCUGCUUUUUGUUCUUUACCGCGGCGUGGGGCGGUAAAGUUUUCUUUUUUUUGUUGGCGGAGGGUCUGAGCAGACGGGUGGAGCCGGUGCCAGCGAUGCGUCUCCGGCAGUUUACCCAAAACGUACGGCACGCGUUCCGACUCCGCCCCUCUGGCCCUCCCUUUCUGCAGACAGCGUGACUGAUCGCAGAACCUUCUGGCGCUCGUACCCGCACGAUCUUCCAAGCUGCUCACAGACGCACGACUCCCUGCCCCUGUGGGGGCGGGAAGGAGGGGGGGGGGGCACAGAGGGGGGCGAGUUUAAUUAAUGACAGCGCACAGACAGCAUGGCAGACGACCGUCUGAUACAGUAGCAUGCACGAUCUGGGUUUUUGUGGUUAGGAUAUCGCAGUGCCUGCCGGACUCAGGGUGACAGUUCUCUGUAACCCGCGCAGUGCUGUCAGGACCACGGCACAACGACAGUGUUCAUGAGACCGCAUGACCGCUUAUGACAUCCAGACGAGCUGUCAUAGGGUCGCAGACAGGGCCAGAGAAUUUCGGCGGCUGUCGCAGGCAGGUACAGGCGCACAGUAUGCAUGAUUCCAAUAGCAUUACACUGCACCGGGUGUAAUUCAGUCUCUGUGAAAAGCGUCACUUAUUUGAUUAAAGCUGAGAGAAAGGAUAGGAGCCUCCAUUGUGGGUCUUCAAAUGCCAAAACAAUGUGGACUGGGAGGUCUUGUCAGCGCGCAGUCAGCCAGCAUCCAUGUUGAAUGCUUCUGCUCCUCCAACCAAUCCCUUUGUGGGAGGUCCUGUACGGGAUAUGUCAGUGGCACAGCCUGGAUUGGACACAAAGCAAUACGAUGUACUUUCAUAAGCAAUAAGGACACAUCCGCCUCGGCUUUCAAAGGGGGAUUACACUGGUCCUUCAAAGGUGAGCCAGAGCAGCCGAAGCACAGCAGAUUGCUAGACUCCUGACUGGGGAAACGGGGAGCAAUAGGACAGGGUUCCUGCUGAUUGGCCGACUGGGAUUUUGGGAUGUUUCAUGCAAACGACACCGCUGCGGUCAGGUAACAGACCGCCGCGGUGCAGCGGGCACUGUGGACCGUGACCAGAGGAGGAAGGACGUCCCCUAAAACGGACCAAUCGUCACGCGCUGACAGCCCUUUGCCCUCAGGCCUCUUUUUACCGGUUUCCAUUUUGAAACAGAAACCCCGCCUCUUAUUCCCACCAAACCCCCGGCUAACAGGCCAGCAUGCCAUAGGUCCAACCAGGAACGCUGAGAGGAUUUUUUUUGGGAAGAGGAGAAGAGAAAAACGAAAGAAAAUGGUGAUUAAUUUAGAAAGCAGGGUCACGUUAGUUCUUGUGUGGGACAAGCUUUCGGGCUGUGGGUCACUAGGGAUGGAGAAAGCCCACUCAAUCUGACGAGGGCUGAGUGGACGGUACAGAAAAAGGAAGUGACAUCAUAGCUAGCGCAGGAAACGGACACGUCCUCUGUCAUAAGGGAGCUGCCUGAUUGGUUAUUUGACUUCCUCCACACUGAGCUAGGUACAGUGAGGGUUUCUCUUCAAGGCACUGGGGUGCAGUGAUACAUUCACUGAUCACCUCCUCUGUUCUGGCUCCUUACUUCCAUCAUGGGGUCGCUGGUCCAGACUGCCUCAUCUUAGAACCGAGGAAGAAACGACACCGUACAACACAAUGACUCCACGUGGAACUCCCCGAAGGAGCGUACCGAGUUUUUACUGCUCUGUGUGAAGAGCAGCUUGGGGAAACACCCUUAAUACUGGAGCGCAAAGGGGUCUGAACGUAACCGGCCAUAUAAACGCAAGUUUUUAUCUCUAGCAAUAUAUAAAUAUAUUCUUUUUUUUUAAUAUUUUGAUUGAUGCAUCAAAAACAUAGCAUUGGCAGAUACAAUUGAAGUGCUUCCAGAUUCUGAACGUAAAACCAUGCAUUUGCUCCCGUCCAGCGAUUUAUCCUGCAGUGUUUGACGUCUGUGAUUUUUUUUUUCCAGUUAGUGUGAACAUAUAAAACAUACAUGUAUGUGUUCACAUAGAAAUUGUAUUUUAAGUGUUGUAGGAGAGCAUCAUUUACAGAUGAGACCAAAUUUUGAAUUUCUGUACAGCUAUAAUACAGUAUGUGGUAAAUCAUGCAGUUCCAAUGCUUUUGGCAGUAUGUUCGAUUGAUGGACACUCAUGUACAUACUGUACGAUUUGCCAGCAAAUGAACUUUGUUAAAUACUUGGUUUAUAUAAGGGCUUUUUAAAAUAACUGAAUGCAACUUGUGUGUUUUAUUUUAUUUUUGGCAAGGAAGUAAAUAUUGUCUAUGUUUAGGGUCAGUCAGAUUGUAGUGUCAGAGUCUGUUAGCUCAAAGCUUCAUUUCGGAUUUGGCUGGGAACAUUACUGGGUUGUUAUCUGGCAGAAAUAUUUUGGAAAAUUCUGAUCUGAGAAAAUUUUACAUUUUUCUGACAAGAGCAGGCUAGACGCUUCUCCGUAGAUGUGCUAAAAGAAGGCCAGUACUCUUACGCAGAAGCACAUUGAAAUACAAGUCAGGAUUGAAGCUGCGUUUGAUCUGUGAGAAUUUAAAAUGUCUACCUGAACCGAAAACAGACUAACAAAAAAGAAACGUGCGAUUUAAACAUCAAAAAGGCUGUGGGACGUAAGUCAGUCCAAAUGCAGACAUUCCUAAGAACUCAAGGCAUUUGGCACUUAACGUGGAUUUGCUGGGGGAGGGGGCAGUAUAACUACAGCUUCUUCUGUAAUGAUGGAAAUGGAAAAUAAUCCCUCUAGCAGCUCUUAAAAACACUUUCUGUUUACAUAUGCAUUUGACUAUGCCAUUCCUUAUUACCAGUUCAGGGUAAAGAAUAGAGCAAAAAAGUUAAAUAUUUACAUUAAAAAAUGUGUAAAUAAUGUGUACAUUAUAAAUAAACAUGUUUACACACGUAUGCCCUGGGGGAUUUCAGUGGACGACAUUACCCAGCUGUGGCAGAAACCUAUUAAAAUGAAAACACUAUGCUAAGAGUAAAAUUAUAAUGACAAGGGAUAAUUUGUAAUAUAUGUCAAAAUACACUGCACCAAUUUUAAAAUGUCACACAUUGCCGCUAUCCUAUAUAAAAUGUUAAGCGUAUACGGUACUUUGGUAUUGUAAAUUUACCUUUCUAUAACGAGAUUUACUGUAUGCUACAUGUACACGAAAUAUGUAGCUUUGUUAAAAUUGCCCAUUAUUGAUGCGUUUUUAAAAUGCUUAAUGUUAUUAUGUUUUCACUUAAUGAAAAUGUUCUUUCCACGGUAUGAAAUGAUUUUAUCGAUAGAGAAAUGACCUUAUCUAAUGUGGAGCUGAUGGACGCUUUGCUAUACUGGGUGUGGUUUGGGUUAAAGCUUUGCUGAUCUGUUUGGGCCAGUGCACUACUAGCCUGUGGACCAUACUGAAGAUAUAAAAAUCUAUCUUAUUUUACAUCCAUGCUGUGGACAGCCUGAAAAUUUAACAUCUUUGUUGCACAUUUUUGCGUGAUAUACUCCACAAACUCGACUGGACAAGCGUUCUGUUUUGGCAGGAUUCCCCAUAAGUUGGAAAACAAAAGUGACCAAAAAUGCGACAGAUGUAUUUUUUGAGAUCGACAAAACAAUCUUUGAGAACCAUUGGUGCGGGGGCAGGAUAUAAAAAGACGAACCCUUUACGACUAGGUGGCGUACAGGUUGGACGGAACGUCGUGUUAGAGGUGCCAUGGUCAGGUAGAGAUAAACCCCUGGUAGCGUAAAACAAAAGCAAAAACAACCACAGAUGAUCAAUCACUUCGAUCAGCCUAAUUCGAUCGGCACAUUUACUGAUAAAGAGGAUGGAAAUCGGACAUUUAAUAGAAUAUAAGCGCCACCCCUGAUUGGCCGUGCCAGCCGCAGGUACGCCACAGUGGACUCAGCAGGCAUAAGGAACCAGGGGUUUAGGCAGAAGCAGGGCGGGCAGGCCUACAGCACGGCCGCGUCUGUCUCAGAGCCGCCAGCGUACGGACACGCGCAGGUCCGCGCGGCGAUUAGCGCACCGAACCCGCGGCCAGAUGGCUCAAACGCCCUUUCAGGGCGCCGUUAGCUUAACCUUGAAUAAAUGUAAUUUACCUGAGCCACUCCGGUUAAACAGUUUCAGCAAAAAUGUAAAUUAAAAAAAAAAAAAACACUAGGGAGGGGGGGAAAAACAAAGUGUCAGAGCCCCUAGAGGAAGGUAUAAUGUGAUGCUAUUUAACAUGCCACUUUAGUUAAAGCAACAGUUCCUGUCAUAGAGCAAGGGCUGUGGUACAGUGCAGUACAAACGUACACACAUGUCCCUCAGUCCACUGAAACACGCUUGUAUCUCAGAUGGUAAAUUAUCUUUUAUGGGAGUACUGUCGACCCGGACAGUUGUCAGGAAGAGGUCACUGCUCUCGUUCUGCAAUCUGGGUGAUGGAGCUGGGGUAAUGAAUGUGACACAACUUCACUCGUAUCGAAAACCCCCUGUACGCUUAUGAAUUACUGCAGCAAUAUUCAUUAGAUCACUUGAACUCACCACAGAGAAUUCAAGCAGGUGAGGGUGGCACAUAUAAACACUGAACAGUAGCAGUAACAGUAUGUGGGGAGACAAUGAAACCUUGUGUGACAUCACACAAGGAUUCAAUGUGGAAUUCUGUAGUGCGUCAGCACUCGGCAUGGCGCCACUGACACCUUGGCUGCACCUCCUACCGAUCAGCAUCCCCAUCACCGUGCAGGAACACUGCUUUAAAUUAAUUGGCAAAGAACAGUAAACCUUCACCAACAACGUCAUUUACAGUAGUGACCCAACUCAACCCAGAUGUGUCUCGGCCAAGUAUCGAUUAGACCAAGCCCAGUUUAAGCUUCUGAGAUUUCUAGUUGCCAGACUAUAUAGGGAAAAGGCCAAUAAGGAUGCUGAGGCUGAUGAGGAUGAUGAUGAAGUUUAUGUUGUACCGAUUAUUAUUUUUAAGGAUAACAAGUCAAGUUUGUUUGACUUUUUAAGCAUCUCUUUAUAGAAACAACCUUACUAAGUGUUCUUUGUAUAACUUGAUUAAAAAAUAAAAGUUGUAUGAGAAAAA